AUGCACUCUGGAGUCAUAUUUAUUGGCUGUUUGUGUUUAAUAUCGUGGCUUAUACAACUACUACCGGUCAUAUCGGUACCCAUCACAGGAAAAAGCAUCAACUACGACCUACAUCUUUGUUCCUAUAACAACAUCACGUUUGGUAUUUUUGGCGUCUGCGAUAUAUCAACUGGAGCUUGCUCGGACCCGAAAAUUGGAUAUCCGAUUGAGGAUUUCGUAACAGACACAGAGUCGUACGAAGAUGGUGUUACCGAUGGUCUUUCUGGAAUAGAGUUACCAUCGAAUGCGACAUACUACAUUUCCAAAUUGUUGGUGGUGCAUGUUUUGGCAUUCUUCUUCACCAGUCUUCUUCUAUUGGAAACGUGUCUAAUACUCUUCGUUUCAUUCCUUGAUGAUUUGCGCAAUCGUUCUUCACAUCACACUCGAUGGGUUCGCCAAAAGAAGACUUCCACCGACACUGAGACCAGCGACAGUUUUAGCAUCGACAAACUCAAACCAAUAAAGAGAGAUACCACUCCGUAUUACAACUGGAUGGUACUUUUUGCGCUACUACUGUUUCUACUGACGCUUUUAGCUUUUCUAGCAGACGUUUUGUUAUUUGUACCUGAACUCAGCUACUUGGGUUGGAUCCAACUUCUUCCUAUUCUGUUGAUGGCUUUAAUAGCAUCACUCGUUUGUUUUUUCAAACGAUCAGUUUCUUCUAGAAAACAUUUGGAAGAUGAUGUAUAUCCCGCAAAUGAAAUGAGAGGCAGAGCUAGAAAUAUUGCUUAUUCCGUGGAUUCAGAUUCAGAUUCCGACGAUGGUUUCUAUAUCUACACCAAUGCCUUUCAUGGCGGUGGAACACAGAGGGUUGCUAAUAGCUCUAUUCAUGAGAUACUUGAUACGGAUAAUGACAUGAACGAUUCGGACAUUGAGUUGCAGCUGCUACAACAUCGAUCGUCAUAG